AUGCUUCACUUCAAGACCUUCCUCCUUCUAUUUUCCAUGGGUAUCAAGGCGACAAUGCAGGAAAGAAUUACUUGUGACAUAAAGCUUAAAGUCGAGGGAAACAAUAAAGCAGAGUGCUGGGCGCACCCGGCAAACUCACCAGGAAAGUAUGAGUGUCAUUAUUCAAGCUGUUUCAAUGGUCUUUAUGGUUUUCAAUGGACUCCGAUGAAUCUUUGUAUUGAUGCCGCCGGGAUCUUGCUUGAUGGAACUCAAAAGUGUAUAGAAUACGAGCUCGACACAGCAGCGGGUCAAUAUACUUGUCAAGUUCGUCAUGCCAAGAAUGGACCAAGACUUAUUUAUAAGUGCCCUCUUACCGACGAUAAUAUACCUCAAACGCAAUGUGGCAAUUGCAAGUUGAAGUAA